AGCCAUUGAAUCCAACGGCUACACUGUGUGAGGGGGAUUUUGCCUCAGACGGAUCCUACCAGCGGGGAAGAUGUCCACCCGGUACCACCAGGCAGCUGCUGACGGCAAUCUGGACCUACUCAGAGAAGCCACCAGAAAAGACCUGAAUACCUCAGACACGGAUGGGAUGACACCGACCUUGCUGGUGGCUUACCAUGGCAACCUGGAGGCUAUGGAAAUAAUCUGCCGAAGAGGGUAAAUUCAGCAGGCUUUGAUAGAUGCCACAAUGUGUGUGGUUUGUUUGUAUUUUAAAAUCCUAAAACCUGCAGGGAGAGGGAUGGGAUAACAGGCAAUAGGUUCUUUGUUUUAGAGCUGAUCAGAUUUCAGGGGAUGAGGAGGGGAAGAAAGAAACCCCACCCUGAAGUUGUAUCCCAUGCUAGUCCUACACAGAGCAGACCUAUUGAAAUUAAUGGGCCUUGAUUCCAGUGAUUCUAGUGUGAGUCAAACCUAGUUAGAUACAACUUUUUGCCUUGAGUUUAAGACAUAAAGGAGCCUGUUGGUGGUGCUGUCAGUUUGGGCUACCUGCUUGGUGGUGGAAGUCAUGGCAGAGCCUUUUUAGUGGUGGUUCCUCAUUUGUGGAAUGCCCUCUCUACUGAGGUGUGUCUGUUUCCCUCAUUAAGCACUUCUAGGGGGAAUUUCUUUUUUAAAAAAAUCCUGUUUACCAGGCAUUUGAUGGAUGAAAGAUUCUUGGCAACCUUGGAAUUAUCAGUUCUGAGAGCUGGUGAUCCUUUUAGAAGGUAAACUGUCUUUAGAAGUGUUUAAUUGUAUUCUUUCAUCAUUUACAUGUUUGCCACUGUGGGCUCCUUUGGAAGGAAGGGUGGGAUAUAAAUUUAUUAAAUAAUAACAUCAGCAACCUAAGUAAAACCUGCUGGGUAAGGCCAAUGACCCAUCGAGUCCAGCAUCCUGUUCUCACAGUGGCCAACCAGAUGUCAAUAACACUCCCUCCUUCAGUGGUUUCCAUUUGCUGGUAUUCAAAGGCAUUACUAUUUCUGAUUGUGGAAGCAGACCAUAGCCACCAUGACUAGUGGCCACUGGUAUUUGUGUGCUCCAUUAAUUUCUCUCUUAUAAAGUACCGUAUUUUUUGCUCUAUAAGACUCACUUUUUCCCUCCUAAAAAGUAAGGGGAAAUGUGUGUGCGUCUUAUGGAGCGAAUGCAGGCUGUGCAGCUAUCCCAGAAGCCAGAACAGCAAGAGGGAUUGCUGCUUUCACUGCUCAGCGAUCCCUCUUGCUGUUCUGGCUUCUGAGAUUCAGAAUAUUUUUUUUCUUGUUUUCCUCCUCCAAAAACUAAGUGCGUCUUGUGGUCUGGUGCGUCUUAUAGAGUGAAAAAUACGGUGAUCCAAGUUGGUGGCCAUCAUGGGCCUCCUGUGGGUUCGAAUUCUGUAUUUAACUUGUCACUGUGUGAAUAAGGACUUCUGUUCAUCUGUCCUGGAUCUUCCAAUGGUCAGCUUCAUGAGAUGUCCAUGAAGUCUGGGGUUAGGAGAUAGGGAGAUACACUUUUCGCCAUCCACUUUCUCCCAUGUCAUGCAUAAUUUUAUAAGCUUCCUUCAGGUCACCUCUUAUUCCCCUUUUCUCUAAGCUUAAAAGCCCCAAACACUGUAAGCUUUGCUUGUAGAUGGAUUCGCUCUACCUCUUGCUCAUUUUGGUUGCCCUUUUUCCCUGAACCUUUUCCAACUCCACAAUAACCAGAGCAGGUCCCAGGUUCUCAGUGGACUUCCUGCAGGGGUGUGGGCACUCAACACAUGCCUAACCAUUCUGACCCUUGAGGAAAGAGGGCAUCAUUUUGUAGAGCCAGGGUGCAUGCAGAAAUACUGAAGAAGGCUAGAAGAAAGGGCCAAAGCUCAGUGGUAAGGCAUCUGCUUUGCAUCCAGAAGGUCUCUGGUGCAGUUCCCCAGUUGUCAGGUUUAGCACUUCUGUCACACAAGACACAGAACGCUGGCAGUUUUACUAAUUGAGGAACAUUUAGCAAUAACAGGCUUUCAGCAGUCCGAGUUCCCACAGCUCAUUCCUCACUGUCGGAGUCAGUCGACUGGCUUCUAUCUCCUCCCAAGGCCAGGUAUACGCCAUGGUCCUCCUCCGCUUCCUGCUGGUCUUCUUUUGUUCUAAUCGCUUGCUCUGCCUCCUGCUUCUUGGAGACUCAGGUGCAGCCAAUUCCUCCUCCUCUGGAGCUGAAUCCAACCCGCUCCUACCACCUGCCUCCUGCUCCUGCAUCUCUGGGCUGCUGCGGAAACUUACAGGCAGCAUUCCAGAGCGAGAAGGGCUUCUCUCACUUUUGUUGUGUGAAAGAAUCAAGUUCCUGUUUUCCUCUGCCUCUUCCUCCCCUUCUGCAGACUGCUCUCUGUCAGCCAUGUCUCUGACACCAGUUGAACCCUAAAGUAUAUACACAAAGUAUCAAAUGUGGUGGCAGUAAUACUAAUACAACAAAACAACAACACCACAAACUGGCUUAUAAGUAUAAAACCAAAUUUACUAGAAUAAUAGCUAGAAUAGAGAUAGACUUGUAACCACUCAAACAACAAACAUACUAAGGUGCCAUGUGCAAGACAAAGCCUGGAGAUACUACUUGUUGAACGGUUCAUUUAUCCAGUCUGUAUAACAUUUACUGUACAUGUAACUUGUUAAGAUAGAGUUGUACAUUUAUCCACUCCAUGUUUACAGUAUCUCCAGACUUUGUCUUGCACAUGGCACCUUAGUAUGUUUGUUGUUUGAAUGAAUAUAUAUCUCUAUUCUAGCUAUUAUUCUAGUAAAUUUGGUUUUAUACUUAUAAGCCAGUUUGUGGUGGUGUUGUUUUGUUGUACGAGUUGAACCCUACCUGGAACCCUGGAGAACCCUGCGCACAGUCUAUGUAGACAAAACUCUGCUUAAAUGGUCCCAUGACCUGACUCAGAAAGGCAGGUUCCUAGAAUCAUAGAGUUGGAAAGGACUUCUAUGCUUCAUCUAGUCCAAUCCUCUGCAAUGCAGGAAUCUGCAACCAUACGGGGAUCAAACCUGUGACCUUACCAUUAUCAGCACCAAGCUCUAACCAGCUGAGCUAUCCUGGGCCACACCAGAACCAUGGCUAGGAGAAAGUGGGGUGUAUGUGGUGAGCCUUCCUCCUGAACACUGGAAGGAAUGCUCCCAACAAGGAAACCUGUUUAACUCAGAGGUUUCCAGCCCAAAGAAUUCAGAACAAGGAAGACAAUAAUUUCUGUAGACUCAAAAUUGCUUGUAGACUUAGAAAUGGAUUGAACAGAAUUGAACCAGGCUUGUUUUAUAUAUAUAUAUAGAGAGAGAGAGAAUACUUGCAAUAAUGCCUUUAGCACUGACAUGCGUUUGUGGAAGACGUAGGUGAUCGAAAUCCAGUUAAGAAGCAAUCUUCUUCUAAUUAGAUUCACACAAAGGUACCUCAACCACUGCUUUGCAGUCUGUAUUCAUCUCUUUCAGUCUGCUUGGGUUGGAAUCUGCGUCAGUGCGUUGAACUGCUCUCUUGAACUUCCACAAUGAAGGGCUGACUGAACGGGGGAGAUGAAUGUGGAUUUUUGGACACAUGUUGAAUUGUUCAAUGGGCCCAAUGAGGAGGAUAAGUAUCAACAAGGAGGAAAUGAUAGUAUGAGUUGGCGUGGACCCCAAGGGUCAUGUAGUCCAACCCCCAGCAAUGCAGGAAUCUCAACACAUGGUCUCCCAUCCAAUUUGAAACCAUACCAGACCCUGCUUAGCUUUGCAAAUGUGCUAGCAGUUUUAUUGCUGCAUCACCAAGAAAGGAACCCCCCAGCUUCCUUUUUAUGUGUUAGCCCCAGUUUUUAAAAUACAUUAUUGUUAUUUAUUUCAUUUAUUGUUAUUUAUUUCAUUUAUUUCAUCUCAAAGCGAUUUCACAACCCAAUAAAAACGUGUAUGAAACAAUUGCAUAUAUGAAACAGGUAAAAACUGUUACACAUACGAAAACAGAUUAAAAAGUUACAUAUAUAAAAACAAUUUCAAAUCCAAUAAGGAUAUUGACUGGGGGCCGUAGUACUGGGGGGGUGUGUGUGUGUCUGUAUAGAAUAAAAGACUGAUAUGAGCUAUGCUGAAAUAAUCCAUAAAGCGAAGGUGGCUCAAGCCUAGGAGGCAAUAGAGGCAGUUUUAGGGUAGUGUGACUGGUUCAGCUGCAGGGGGUGUUGUGCUGAGGGGGCGCCACAACAGUGAAGUGUAGAACAGAGCAUGAGAUGUGGCAGGCACCAAAUUUUAGUGUUGCACAGGGUGUCACUGAAAUUUGACAGCCCACUGGGGACAAAUGUACCCCUCUGUCUAGCACUUGGGACUGUCCUCAGGCCCCAACUUCCCCAACCAACCACAAGCCUCACUUGUCCUGCUUUGCGUCCUCCUGACGUAAUUUUGUCGGGCUGGAAUGUGCCCUUGAAUUGUAACAGUGCCUCUUGCUUGCCUGGUUAGAAAUAUGACUCUUGCUCAUCCGCAAUGCAGUUCACAAUGCAAAAGCAACGGCAGAUCCAUUUAAAGGACAUCAGGUGCACAUUUAAAGCACAUGAUCCCUCCUCGGGGGGGGGGGGAGAAAGAAUCACCAGAAAUGUAGUUUUGCUCUCACAGAGCUCCAGUUCCCAGCCCCUCUGACAAAAUUCAGUUCCCAAGAUAUUUUUUGGGAAGAAUCUUGUGUGUUGAAUGUGCUUUAAAUGUAUGGUAUGCCCUCACAUGUGUAGAUCCACCUGAUUUUUGCCUCUGAACCCACCUGUCAGUGCUGCUGUGCAUUUUAAAAUGCAUGCAGGAAAAUAUUUCUUCAGCUGCAUGUAAGCUUUAUUUGUGCACAUACAAUCAGUGAUCACUGGAGAGUCUCAGAAAAAGAGAACUCCAAAUUCUCCGAUGGAAAGCAGGUAUACUUACAGAAAAACAUACUCUACAGCAUCAGGUUCAGAUAAAAAAUAAGCUUCUAAUAGGUUGAGUUCCUCUCUUUUUUAUACGGGGAGGGAACUUGUCUCCUUCCCAGCAGAGUUCCUAGGCAGAUGACAUUAGGAGCACAAUACAAAUCCCAGGAAGUCCAACUCCUGUUAUGCUUAUCAGUAAAAGCUCAGUGGCAUGUUGGCCCUCAGAAAGUUGUUCAGAACAGAAUGUGGCCCUCAAUUCCUCACUGCUGGCUUAGAGUGUUAGAACAGAAGGCAAAUUUCAAGUAUAGGAAGAUAAAGCAUUUCUUAGUUCCUGGCUUUUGGGUGUGGCUUGCUCUUUCAUAUGAUAUGUUUUAUUGCCAAUAAAAGCAACCUUUAAACAGUACAAUUGCUUAUCCUAAAUUUACAGCCUAGUAAAAUGAAUUAUCACUCCACAGACUUCACUAAUGAAAAAAGGAACCAAGGCUUGUCAUUACCGAGGUGGUCAAUCUAUAUAGCCUGCUUGGGCUAUACCACUUUGAACUGACCUGGGUUGGGUGGGAUGUCACAUGAUGAAAUGUUCCCCUAUGCCAGGGAUUCCCAAACUGUGCUCUAUGGACCACCAGUGGUCUGCAAACAUCAUUCAGUUGGUCCAUGGUGAACCUGUUAAAAUGCAGUUAAAAACCAUGUAGCGUCUGGCACAGUGCAUUACAAUGACUGCAACAGGCAGAAAGAUCAUGACGUGGUCAGUAAAUGUCAAGUGGUCCAUUGGAGAGCAGCAGGAAUUGGAAUCCACUCCUCAGUGCAAAAUGACAUUUUGAGGAAAGGCCAUCGCCAAGUGGCAGAGCAUUUACUUUGCAUGCAGAAGGUCCCAGGUUCAGUCCCUGUCAUCUCCAGGUAGGGCUGGGAGAGACUCCCUCAAAACCUGAAGAGCCACUGUAACUCAGCUCUCAUCCAGACUUCCUUUUGCACAGCACGUUCCAGGCACAACUCUGUGUUUUAAAGCUGUGUGUUGGAGUGGUCUUGUUUUUUGUUUUGGUCACAGUGCUUUCCCCAGGAAAACACAUAUUUUGCCCCUGAAUCAGAGCAAAAGCCCAAUUGCAUUUGCUCCUAUUCAACGGUAAAAGGGAAAACCCCAGGACCAAAAAAAAAAAAAAAGCCACUGCUCAAGACAUGGAGCUUUAAAGCCUAAGAAAAGUGGCACAAUAGGAAGUCUGGAUGAGCCCUUAGUGUAGACAGCAAUGAGCUAGAUUUUCAAAAUAAUGUUGCAUGCCACUUCAAUCUCAGAGCAAUGCAGGAUUCCUAGGGCUCCAGGCGUUCACCCACGGCUCUUGUUUCCUUUUGGAAAUGAGGUACAGCGGAGACUGUGCUGUCUUUAGGAUGUAUGUUAUUUGCAUAUAUAUAUAUAUAUAUAUAUAUAUAUAUAUAUAUAUGGACGCAGGUGGAGCUGUGGGUUAAACCACAGAGCCCAGGACUUGCCGAUCAGAAGGUCGGUGGUUCAAAUCCCCACGACGGGGUGAGCUCCCGUUGCUCGGUCCCUGCUCCUGCCAACCUAGCAGUUCAAAAGCACGUAAAAAGUGCAAGUAGAUAAAUAGAUACCGCUCCGGUGGGAAGGUAAACGGCGUUUCCGUGCGCUGCUCUGGUUUGCCAGAAGCAGCUUAGUCAUGCUGGCCACAUGACCUGGAAGCUGUAUGCCGGCUCCCUCAGCCAAUAAAGCGAGAUGAGUGCCGCAACCCCAGAGUCGGCCACGACUGGACCUAAUGGUCAGGGGUCCCUUUACCAUACACACACACACACACACACACACACACACAUACAACCUGAGCCUAUGAUGGAGGGGCUCACAGCAUUAACACGCCAAGAAGGUUUUGCUUCUUCCAUGGCCACAGUCUUGGAUGCCAGCAGAAAUCAGCCAUUACUCUCCCUAGAGCCAUCCAACGCACAGUCCCUGCUUUCUUAAUGUCUUAUCACCAUGCUUUUGUUAAAUUAGUGACUCAUACUUAGUGGCCAUUUUCAUGCUGACCUGGCUGUUCCAGCAAUUGAAUCCCAGCUGGAGCUGAAGAUUCUGGGGGCUUGAUUAAACUUUAACACUUACUAAAUCCAGGAAUUAUGGGGAAUCUGGCACCCCCAAAGCCUAAAUUCUUUGUUCUCCAUCACAAAGGCAAAUCCUAAAUCUCAACGAGCGAAACUAUCAAUUAUAAAAUGGGUCAUCUUCCUGACUUGUGACUGAUCACAUUAAAUUAUCUAAGAGACAAACUCAAUAAAAGUUUGUGCCUGGUCUGGAUUUUAUAUAAAACCCUUUGGUAUAAGACAACAGAUGCCCUGCAGCUUAUGUUGGAGAACACUGAAUCACUGUGACCCGGUCUGCAGGGAAACCUAUUUGCACAGACAGGCCCUUAAUUUCACUGACGUCAACAGGUGUAAAAUGAGAUUUUAACAGUUUAGCUUAACCCAGUUAUGGGUAAACUCAUGAGAAGCUAUAUAGUAGCCCUAUGUCUGGAUACAAAGCAAUCAAAGGUAAUUAGCAAUAAUACUUAGCAUCUGUGUAGUGCUUUCAAGUGUUCACAUGCUUCAUGUGCAUUAUCUAGCUUACAACAACCCUGUCAGGUAGUAUUAUUGUCACCCAUAUUGCUCAGAGAGUGACUUGCCUAGUGAGUUCACAGCAGAAGCAAGAUCCAAACCAUGGGUUGUGAUAUUUGUAGCUUACAACAUGAUCCAGUAUAAAUCUACUCAGAAGUUAAUCCCACUGAGUUCUAUGAAACUUUCUUCCCAGUUAAGUGUGACUGUGUCUCUGAUGCCUUACACAAGAUCAGUCCUCUUAAAACGAUUUAGUUCAGCAAUUCCCAAACUGCUUUCCUCUACAGAGCACUUGAACGUUGUUGAGAGUUUUGGUGGAGCACUUAAUCAUUUUUCUGCCUGUUGUAGCAACUGCAGUUCUCUGUGCUAGGUGAUUUGCAAUUGCAUUUUUAUUGCUUCUGUUUCUUGAAUUGUAUUUUAUUGUAUUGCAAUAGCGAUGUACUUUGCCCUGAGUUGCUUAGGCUGCAUCCACAUGGCACUUUCACAACCUUUCCCUGUUAAUUCCACAUUACAUUUACAUUUAAGCACAAAAAACUUGUGCUCAUUAUAUUUGAGCACAAAUGCAACAUAAAAGGCACUUCCGAAACUAUAGUGGAAUACCUGCACACGUUUAGCAACCAUUUCCAUAUUAUUUGCAGGUGGGGUGGUUUUUUUUGGAAGCAAAUAACACUGAAAUUAGCACUUAACUUGCACACUAUGGUUCCAGAACAUAAACACAAAAUGCAUUCUAAAAUCAAGAACAAAAGCAAAACAAACCAAUAACACCACCCCAUAAGAAGGAAGGACAGUUAAACUAGUAUACCUAUGUUGCCUGACCCCCAAUUAUAGGUGGCAUCCCACUAAAUUCUACUCAGAGAAACCCAUUAAAAUGAAUGAGAAUGACCAACCGAGGCCCAUUAAUAUAAGCGGCUUGCACUGAGCAGAACUUGGCAGGAUGCAAUCCCCUGUGGCGAGCUAGGAAAGGUAGAUGUGAUGGCAUUGAGUGUUCUUUCCAGUUCGGUGACUCUGUAAUUGUAUGAUUGCAAGAUUGGGGUCUGGGCAAAAGUCUGCUAAAGCAGUCAGACAGGAGUUUACCCAAAUAGUUGCACGUGUCUCCUUUGUCCAGAAGAUUGUCAGAUUGCUAUCAAUAGCUGCCUUUUGAAUGACUGGAAAAUUCCUGACAAGGGGGAGAUCUUCCCCUGCAUCCAAGCAGAGGAUGUUUCAGACCAGUGUGUGUGUGUAAAGCACAGGGGAUCAUUUUGAGCCAGGCUGAGGAUAGGCAGAGAGCUGAAGCUUUGGGACAAACAGUAUUUACUGAUGCUGCCUGCCUGCCUGCCUGCCUGAGUAUUUACAUUAAAACAAUGAACAGGAUGGUGAUACAAUGACUACUGCAAUUGACACAAGAUAAUAUCACCAAGGCAACUAUAUGUAAACAAACAAUAAACAUCCAUAAAAAUGGCAAUAGUAGUUUCUUUCCCAAAAUAGAAAGAGGAUGAUGUCCUUUAGUUUGUUAAACCUCCUUUAACAAACUGAAGGACAUCAUCCUCUUUUUAUGCUCCUCCCGAUGGAAACCUGCCGAUGGGGAUAGAUAUACCCCUGCUUUAAGUCGUUUACAUAUUGUAUAUUAUUUACUACAUAUGUAAUAUACAUAUUACAUAUUGUAUAUUAUUUACUACAAGGUUUCAUGACUAAGCUCUUUAGCAACAAAACAUUGGAUUACCGGAAUGACGUCUGAACAUGGAAUCACUGGUAUAUCACAAGUGGACUCUCUGUUACUGUGUUUGCAAUUGUUCAAGAUAAAAUCUAUUUUGGAAAGAGAAGAAAUGAGCACUGAAGCACUGAUGUAUUACAAGUGAACUCUUUAUUUAUUGUGUUUGCUAUUAAGAUAAAACCUAUUUGGGAAAGAAACUACUUUUGCUGUGGCACCCCAAAAUGGGACGUUCUGAUUUUAUCGGGACAGUUGAGGGGUCUGGGAUAUGCUCUGAAUAUGUGGUGUAUAUUCAGCUCCAGUUAAAGACAAGUAAUGCCUUCUGUGCAAAUGUUUGAAAAACUUCUCAAGAGCAAAUACAGUUGGGAGAACAAAGGCCUUGGGGGAAAUAGAUGAGUUCUAUCAGAAUUCAGUAGCAAAGCAUUAAAGUUAAGUAUAUAGAGCCAGGAUGUGCUUCCUCUUACUGAAUUUACAAGAGGCUGCCAUGGAUACAGCCACUGAAUGUAAGUCUCAACAAUUUAUAUUCAGAGAGGGAAACCUGCAGAUAAGGUUGCCCACAUUGCCAAAGUCGGGGAAACAGAGAUUGUAAUUGAAUGUAUAGCUUGCCCUUCCUCUUCAAGGAGCAAACACAUCCACAGCAAAACUACUUUAAAAACAAGCAUUCUAGAAACAGCUGAAAGAGUUACAGUCAAAACAUUCUAAAAGGAGUUAAAAACAUUUGGUCACCCUGUGAUCUCAGGGUUCUCAGGAUCAAUCAUCUUCAGCCAUCAAAUGCCUGGGCAAACAGGAAUGCUUUUCCCUUCCUCCAGAAAGUCAGUAGCAAGACUCCUCUCACCAGGGUGGGCAUUUCACAAACAGGGAACCACCACCAAAAAGGCCUUGUCACAAGUCAAUGACAACCACACAACCCUCAGUGAUUGUAGAGUUGAACCUGCUGAUUGUAGUGUUGAACUAGAUAUUUAAAAUUUUAUUUCAAAAUAUUUCUGGGCUGUUCCCAAGCAAUGACCGGAAUGGUUUAACCAGCCCUCUUCCCAGGAAACUCUGGGAAUUUCAGCUCUGCAACAAAAUAAAAUGGGAAUAGGGUGGCAAAAAUUCCCCACACUUAGAAAAGUAGUUCAGCUAGGAAUGUGCUGGCCUAGAAGCUGUCUCCUUAGGUGUACUAAUUUUCGCCUUGCAGGGAAGAAUUCAAAAAUGGUGCUCCCAGCUAUAGUUUGAAGUAGUACCAUCCAUUCUACCUUAUGAUGUUGCCUUUGGAAAACUCCAGAGUUGAGUUCAAUUGUCUGAGUCCUUCAUGUUUUGUUUCUUUCCAGAGGUAACCCAGAUAAGUGUGACAUUUGGGGGAACACUCCCCUCCACCACGCUGCCGCGAAUGGCCACGUCCAUUGCAUAACAUUCUUAAUCAAUUUUGGCGCCAAUAUCUUCGCCCUGGAUAAUGACAUGCGUUCUCCUCUGGACGUGGCUGCCAGCAGGAACCAAUACGAAUGUGUCAGGAUCCUGGAUGCUGCCGCUACUGAGCAGAACCUCAAGAAUCCCAAGAGAGUCUCUCAGCUCAAGACCCAGGCUCGGCGCAAUGCAGAAAGGCAAAUCCAGGAAUGCGAACUGCGUCAGGAGAAACAUCAACAUGAAAUGGCCAGGAAUUUCAGCAAAGGAUCCAUGCCUUCAAAGAGGGGGACAGCCACGAGGACGAAAGUCUCCAGUUUCUUUGCAUCCACUUCACUGGGCACGCUGCCCCAAAAGAUGAAAGACACCUUCACCCGAAGGAUGAAAAAGAAAGAGGAGAAUCUCGAUGGUCAAGAAGCAAAUCCCCAAGAGGGAGGUACCCCAGCCGGACGAACCGCCGUGAUGGAUGUGUUCAAUGAAGAAGACGAGGAAGACCUGACCAAGGACUUCCAAAUUAAAAAUGGCAUUUCUGAAGAUGACGACGAGCUGGGCCAAAGGUCCAUCUUCCACCGGCCGGGUCUUGGCAACAUUGUAUUUAAAAACAACUUGCCCACCAUGGGCAAAAACUUUGAUGCGAUGAUGCUCGAGAAAGAAGGCAUCAGCUUCAAAAUGCCCGAUGAGUUGCUUCAGUUCAAAGAGCCUGAAGAUGAUGGUGGUGACGCAGAUGCGGAGAACAAUCCGGAAGAAUCUUGGAUCGAAGAGGAAAUCAGGUGGGAUGAUGAGAAAGUGGAGACCACCCCCCUGGAGGUGUUUUUGGCGUCCCAGAACCUGAACGAAUUCCUUCCCAUCUUGAUGAGGGAAAACAUUGAUUUAGAGGCCCUCGUGCUUUGCUCGGAUGAAGACCUGCGGAGCAUUCAGAUGCAGCUAGGCCCAAGGAAGAAAAUCCUUCAUGCAGUUGACAGACGAAUGCAGGCUCUAGCAAACCCAGGCAAGGCUGGGGAUACACAGUUAUAAACCAUGAAGCUCCUGUGUUGCAAUAGCUCCACCAAAACCGCUGCAGGGUGCAGGUGUUGCAAUGUGAUUGCACCCUGCAGGGUGUUAGAUCAGGGAUGAGGAACCAGUAACCAUUCAUCUGUUGGACUCAAACUCCCUUCAGCAUGGCCAGUGAGUUGCAGUCCAGCAACAGUUUGAAGGGACACAGCUUCCUCAUUCAAUGUGUUUAGAUUCUAGACAGCAGGGGAUUUGAGCUUUUUGAAGCCGUGGUGCAACUUAACAGGUUCAACUGCAGUCUGCAUGGUGAUUGUUUUAGUGGCUCAGAUACAUGCAUAGGACUGGUUCCUACAAGGGGACAGAGUACCGUCACUUCCAUGAUCACAAUAGCAAUUAAGGUUUCUACAGGUGAUCUUUAUAUGGAAAAGCGUCACAUGAAGAGACAGGAGCAGAAGGAGGUCAUAUAUGCGAAUGAACCCCAUAUUAUUAUUGCUAAUAUUAUUAUUUAUUAAAUUUCUAUGCUGCCCUUCAUCCGAGGAUCAGAGGGUGGUUUACAACACAAAAACACAAAGCUACAUAGCAUAGUAACAAACAAAAAUAAAAGGUUGUAGAUUGUUUAAUUAGCCAAAGGCCUGGGAGAAGAGGAAUGCUUGUGGUACAAGUUCCAGAGUAGUUUAACAAUCAAUCUUUCUUCCAAGGGAAAUCAGGGAACUGUAGCUCUGUGAGAGGAAUAGGGAGGUCUCCUAACAGCUCUUAACUUAACAGAUUAGACUCCCCAUAAUUCUUUGGGGGAAGCCAUGACGGUUUCAAGUGGUAUGAUACUGUUUUAAAUGUCUAGUGCAGGUGGGUCCUCACAUUCCCAUGCAGACUAUUCUAAUGUGAAUGUGUUUGUUAACAUGCACAUCUAUGUAUUCUCCAAAUCCUAGUGAUGAAACUCUAAAAUGACACCAUCCAUGCAGCCGCUAAAAUAAUUUCAGUCAACACAGAGAGGGUAAAGGUAGGUUGAUUGAUGUGUGCUGGCAGGUUUCAGGUUAUUUGCUUCUUUGAGCAAGUGCGCACAGCUUCCCUAGGGAAGCCCAUUUUAAAACAAAGCAAGCAUAUAUCUUCCCAGUACAUGAAAAUGAGAUGUCAUUCCAUGUGACAGCCACUGUAAUAACCAGCCUUUGUUCUCAUGCAGUAUAUUUAAGAUGGUGAAACCACCGCUGAUUUAUAUCAGGCAAAUAAAAUUGGAAGUUAGAAAGCUGCCUUAUACUAAGUCAUUUGGUCUGUCUAGUUGGUCUGUUUACUCCGAUGCUAUCAACACUCAGAGGUCUCAGGUGUUGCUCUGAUUAUUGGGGAGGGAGGGAGGCUUAAUGAAAUCCACAGACCCCCCUCCAGGACACUUCUUAAUUUUAGUCAAAAACACAGGCAGGGACGGAGGAAGGGGGGGCAGGCCGCCCUGGGGGUCAGCACUGAGGGGGUGACAAAAUGGCGGGCGGCACUCACCACAGGGCCUGCAGCACACACGAGCCACGCUUCUCUCCUGGGAGUGACGUGGUGGUUUGAGCACCCGUAGGCUCUGCACUGCCCCAAACGGUUCGCCCGCCACCUCCCCCUCAGCUGUAGGGCAGCUGAGUGGGAGGAGGCAGGCAGACUCCUUGGAGGCCUGCCCCUGGGCACAGGGCAUGCCCACCACCCAUGGCGCCUGAUCGGCUUGCUUCACUGCUGAACAUAGGCCCCCACUGCCCCCGUUUAAUUCAAGCACAGAAGGUGAGUGGCAAAGGAUUGAUGUUCUGGUCCAAGUGAUGUCUUCAGCAGCAGAAGUAUUCUAACAGGUGUGAGAUCACAGUACAGUCAUACCUCGGGUUACAGCCGCUUCAGGUUUUUCGGGUUGCGGACUGCCGAAACCCGCUUUUUCGGGUUGCGGACUGCCGAAACCCGGAAGUACCAGAACGGGUUACUUCUGGGUUUCAGCAGUUGUGCAUGCGCAGAAGCGCUAAAUCGUGCUCUGCGCAUGCUCAGAAGCGCCGAAUCGCAACCCGCGCGUGCGCAGACAUGGGUUGCGAACGUACAUUCCACACAGAUCACGUUCGCAACCUGAGCAUCCACUGUAAAUGUUCCAGGUAUGGGUAAGCAGAAAAGGCAAAGCAGGGCAGAGUCCUGCUUCCAGCAAUGCAAAGCAGAAGCAAACAAACAGAUACUUGCUUCUGGUGAUGCAAAAAAAGGUAAGACAAAGGAAAACAAAGACACAUCCCUACCAUACAUGUAAUGCAUUUAAAGCGCCUGGCUUCCCCUUAAAGAAUCCUGGGAGUUGUAGUUUGCUCCUCAGUUACAAUUCCCAGGACUCUUAGCAAGCAACAGUUCUCAUGAUUCUUUGGGAGGAAGACAGAUGCUUUAAAUGUAUAGUGUGUAUGUAGCCCAAGAGAGCACGGAAGUUCUGGUUGCAGAUAGCACCUUGGACAGCUCCAUGAGGAAUUCAAGCUGGAGACUCACAGCAGCAAGGCUCAAAUGUUGCUUCAGCAACAAGCAGCCUCAAACUGAGUGUUAAGUAGGGCUGUACCUCAGGCUGGAUGGCUGGCACCGCCUCUGAUGACAGAAGUCUCUUCACUUAACAGGGUCUCCCCAAAGAUGGAGAGUCAGACCCUGGGAUCACAACAGACAACCUCAGAAAACAAAGCAUUGCAAAGAUGGAGGCCAGACUGCCUUCUUCAGCAAGUAUAAAAUUACCGUACAGGGGGACAUAGAGGCAGGGAGCCGUGGGGAUGAGUUCUCAGGCCCCUAUAGCCUUUUGAAACAAUAGCUAAGACAGCUGUCACAAAAGGUAUCUGGGCCAGGACUCUGGUAAUUGGACCCCUGGACUCGGGCAGAAGCUUCUCCCAGCUCUGCUGCCUCAGAUAUAGUAGCCAGGUGAGCCAAGAACUUAAUAUGGAGCCUUCUACAUGCUGAGCAUAUGCUCUACACCUGAUCUGCAGGUCUUCUGCAAGUUGGCUGUAGCCCAGAAGCCCCAGGAGGAGGAAGGCAAGGU